UGGUCUACCUGCCUUUGUCCAGGUAAAGAAAGAAGAGCCUUGAGGACUGGCCACAGCCUAGCCAGGCUGAAGAAAUGUCAACAAUUGGGAGUUUUGAAGGAUUCCAGCCGGUGUCUCUGAAGCAAGAGGGAGAUGACCAGCCCUCUGAAGCUGAUCACCUGUCCAUGGAGGAGGGAGAUCAAGACAAGACCCCUGUAUGGAGGGAAAUCUCAAGACAGUCAAGUGUGACUAAAUCAACACUUUGCCCCAAUCCUUAUCACCAGCCUUAUGUCUCACGGAAGUACUUCGUUACAAGGCCAGGGGCCAUUGAGACUGCCCUGGAGGACUUGAAAGGCCACAUAGCUGAGACUUAUGGAGAGACCAUUCAAGGCUUCUGGCUCCUGACAGAGAUAGACCACUGGAACAAUGAGAAGGAGAAAAUUCUGCUGGUCACAGACAAGACACUCUUGAUCUGCAAAUAUGACUUCAUCAUGCUCAGCUGUGUGCAGGUGCAGCGGGUUCCCCUGAGUGCUGUAUAUCGUAUUUGCCUGGGCAAGUUUGUCUUCCCUGCCAUUUCACUGGAUAAGAGACCUGGAGAGGGUCUUAGGAUCUACUGGGGGAGUCCAGAGGAGCAGUCCCUAUUGUCCCGCUGGAACCCAUGGUCCACUGAAGUUCCUUAUGCUACCUUCACUGAACACCCUAUGAAAUACACCAGUGAGAAGUUCCUCGAAAUUUGCAAGUUGUCUGGGUUCACAACGAAGCUUGUUUCAGCUAUCCAGAAUGCCCAUAAGAAUUCUGCUGGAUCUGGAAGAGAAAAAGGACUGAUGGUGUUAACCCAACCCAUUAUGAUUGAGACCUACACAGGGCUGAUGUCAUUUAUUGGAAAUCGCAACAAACUUGGCUAUUCUCUUGCCCGUGGGAGUGUUGGUUUUUGAGACUCUUUUUGGUACAUUAUCCAUAGAUAUGCCAUUAUUGAAGAUUUUGCUUCAGUCCACUGUAUUUUUGGA